AUGCGUGACGUAACGGGCUAUUACAUCAGCGGCAGUUUUCAGCAACGUUCUAUUCUGGUGAAGAAGUUCACUAAAUUUAAAGACAAUGGAGAGUCGUCCUAUGCUGUCAACGACAUAGUAGUCACGGUGCUGAUGAACAACCACAAAAAUGUUUUGAAGAUCUUGGGUUGCUGCUUAGAUUUGGAAAUUCCUGCUAUUAUCUAUGAAAUCGAGAACAAUUAUGAACUUCUGUAUGACAUUCUUAUUAGAAGGACGAAAGAUGGGAACUUCUGGAAUAAUAUUGGUAGAUCACUCUCUUGGAGUAAUCGACUGAAAAUUGCAAGAGACGUUGCAAAUGCUCUUGUUUAUCUUCAUACUGCAUUUCUCACACCUAUCAUCCAUAGAGGUAUGACCGCAAGAAGAAUUGUCAUAGACAACAAUGGUGUUGCUAAGCUUGUCGAUUUCUCAGUAAGCGUAACAUUGCCUCCCGGAGAAUCACAGGUGGAAGUAAAACUUCCUAGUAAGCUUCGUUAUUAUGAACCUGACUACGUUGCAACAGGCAUUAUCACAGAAAAGACUGAUGUCUUCUCGAUGGGAAUUAUUCUCCUUCAACUCUUAACUGCUCUUGACUUUUGGUUUCAACAUACUGAAGGACCUGAAAAUAUAGUGGAGUAUAUACAAAACCACGUUGACAAGAAUGAGUUGAGUAAAAUUUUGGAUCCAAUAAUUUUAGAGGAGAGCGGCGAAAUAGAGCAUCAAUUGCAGGCUUUAUUGAGACUUGCUUUGAGAUGUACUGCUGAAAGAGGAGCAGAUAGGCCAGACAUAAUCGAUGUGGCAAAAGAACUCGUAAGGAUUCAGAGAAACUACGAGGUGCAGGUGCUACCGAUCGUUAACUCGGACCAUAACCCUCUCUUUAUUAAUUGCUGCAGUGGAUAUUCUAAUAGGGGCUUCUGUCCACCGAAGUUGUUUCGCUACGAGGUUGUCUGGUCAAGGAAGCAGGAGUGUAAAGACCUGAUUGAAAGAGCAUGGUCUAUUCCCCGGGGAGCAGAACAGGCCAUUUCGUCAGUUUAA